CCACUUGCAGUGCAAAGACCACAAGCAAGAAGACUCCGAAGCCGGGAGUAAAAGUACCAACAAAUUGUGGAGCAACCAUCAACGAACGCCGAAAGACAGCUUUUCAGCUACCUAUCGCAAUACUGUUGGAGCUCCGCUACAAUUCGGCCCUUGGCUAAAUCCAGUCUCACUGGACAUAGCUAUUUAGAAAAGUUGGUAGUAAACUCUUUGGAGUUUGGUCAGAGUCGCUGAACUUAUCCGUUUUUGCUUGUGGAAGUAGAGUGCACUGAAACUUGGAAUCGGUCUGUUAAAGCAAGAUUUUGGACUUUGUCUCUUUAAGCUUUGUCUCUUUAAGCUUUCCUUAAGCUUUCCCGUCUGCUCGUGAAGUUCCCUCUUCAAGUUGUGCCGCGACGGCACAUUGAAGACUCGGAAAGUUUCUUUUCAACUAUCAAGCGCAAGGAAUUCAUCGCCUUUCGACAUUUGGAUGGAGCGAAUGCACUAGAAGUAUACGGAACAGCGAUCACAACUUUAACGAUCGUUCUGUCACCUGGGCAUGUCUUUCAGGCUGUCCUAAGAGAAGACAACAACCCUCCAUCCAAAGUCCAGGGAGCGGAGAAGCCUCCAUUUGGUCCCUUUAGAGAAGCGCUUAAGAGUACCCACCUGUCAAGCUAACCAGAGAGUGAGACAGAAAGGAGAGAGGAAGCAGAGUUCAGCUCAACGAUCCAUCCCUCCGUCGUCAUGACGACCAUCGCAGCGAUGGAGCGAAGUGUCCUGUCGGUGUUAGGCCUGGUCCUGGCCGUCCUGGUGUUGGGGGGUGUGAGUGCGGGCACGCUAUCGGGCCCGGCCUCCGCCUCCAUCUCUUCCUCGUCCGCCUCGGCCUCCUUGACCGUCGCUGCCGCCGCCUCCUCGUCCUCCUCGAAAUCUGCCAUCGCUGCUGCUGCCGCCGCCGCUGUCCCCGCCUGCGGUAGAGUGGAACAGAACCGCUUCUUUGGCGUCAUGACCUCCGACAACAUCCUCCCAUCGGCGCCGUGCUCCUGGACCCUCCAGAACCCGGACCCCCGCCGCUACACCGUCUUCAUGAAGAUCACCAAGCCCACCGAGGUCUGCCUGCCCCGCCAGGUGCGCACCUUCCAGUACGACUCCUUCCUGGAGACCUCGCGCACCUUCCUGGGCAUGGAGAGCUUUGACGAAGUGGUCCGCCUGUGCGACGCCUCCACCUCCGUGGCCUACCUGGAGUCCAGCAAGCAGUUCCUGCAGUUCCGCAAAACUCUGCCCAAGCCCGGUCAGCUGGAGAUGAUUGCCGCCGCCGCUGCCCUCGCCACCGAACAGCCCCAGCAGCAGCAGCAGGACCAGGACGAGAAGAAGGGCGACGAGUUCAAGAUCGAGUUCCUGGUCGUGGGCAAGAGGAACCCCAGCAUGCCCGCCUGUCAGAUGCUCUGCCAGUGGCUGGAGAGUUGCCUGGCGACCAGCACCCACAGCAACCCCUGCGGCAUCAUGGCCACCCCGUGCCAGUGCUGGGAGACGCCCAAGAGGAGGUCCAGCGGCUGCUACAGAGGAGAGAAGUGCGCGCCCACCCUGAGAGACAACGGUCGCGAUGCCGAGAUCAUGAAGGGCUGGAGUGGCUGGGGACGCUGGUCCGAGUGCAGCACUGAGUGUGGAGGUGGAGUCCAGGUGCGCAGCCGAGCUUGCCAGCCCGAGGACGGUGUCUGUGUGGGAGUGGUCGAGGAGGGACGUGCCUGCAACCCCCAGCCCUGCAUUGGUCAAGCCCGCCAGAGAAGCCAAGGCCUGCGCUCCAUGGUCAGCCAGAAGCGUGAUGGAGAGAUCUCUCAGUACGGAAGCACGGCACCCCAGAAUGGUGAUGGCACACAGGACGAGUGGUCCCCAUGGACUGCGUGCUCAGUGACCUGUAGUGAGGGCUGGCAGAGCCGUACUCGUAUCUGUGGCACUUCAGCCUAUGGCACCCAGUGCACUGGACCCCUCCGUGAGAACCGACCGUGCAACAACACCGUCUCCUGUCCCAUUCAUGGAGCUUGGGAUGAGUGGGCACCCUGGAGUCUGUGCUCGUCCACCUGCGGCCGCGGCUACCGUGAUCGCAUGCGCACCUGCAAGCAGCCCAAGAAUGGUGGUGAGCCUUGCCGUGGUCCAGUCAAACAGACCAAGUUCUGCAACAUCGCCGUCUGCCCAGUUGAUGGCUCCUGGAACGACUGGUCAGCUUGGAGUACCUGCUCAGCCUCCUGCUCCAACGGGACCAUGCAGAGGAUUCGCGAGUGCAACGGCCCCUCAUACGGUGGUGCUGAAUGCCGUGGUGACUGGAAGGAGACCAGCAACUGUUUUCUCAGGGACUGCCCAGUUGACGGACGCUGGCUGCCCUGGACUUCCUGGAGCUCCUGUUCUAAGACCUGUGGUGGUGGCAUCAUGGAGAGGCAGAGGAACUGUGAGGGGCCUUUCUUCGGUGGAGAACCCUGCCCUGGCUCAAGGGCUGAGUCCAAACGCUGCAGUGAGAAACGGUGCCCAGAACCCCAUGAGAUCUGCGAUGAGGACAACUUUGGCAAUAUGAUUUGGAAGAGGACCGCUGCUGGCGACUUUGCUGCUGUACCUUGCCCCUCUGAUGCGACAGGUGUGAUCCUUCGCCGAUGCACCAUGGAUGCCAUUGGUCUUGCCUACUGGGAGAGUCCUACUCAUGUGAAGUGUGUCUCCAAAGAGUACCAGGACAUCCAGACCCUGUCCCGCGAACAUUUGGCCAAGGCGCAGCAAGGCCUUAUUGAGGAUGGUGUGUCUAACGUGAUCCUGAAGCUGAAAACUACAACCGACCAGGGCUCCAAGUACAGUGGAGAUCUGCUGGCCUCAAUGGAAAUCCUCAAGAACACCACCCACAUCUUCAGAAGAGAUGGCUACAGUGUCAGACACGCAGAUGUAGAGAACUAUGCUCAGACAAUCAGCAACUUACUGAAGGAGGAACAUCGCGAGAAAUGGGAAGAAAUGCAAAUGGUGGGGGCCAGCACUAAGGAGUUCUUCCGUCUGGUGGAGGAGUUUGUGGAUCUGAUCGGGACACAGAUGAAGGGAUUCCAGGACAUCUAUGAGGUCACCGAAAACUUAGAGCUGAGCAUCCAGAAGAGACCCAAAGCCAUGUCCUCAGAUAUCACGUUCCCCACGAAGGGCUGGAGGGGGAUGACCGAGUGGGUCAGGAACUCCGAGGAGAAGAUCACUGUCACACGCAACGCUCUGACCUUUGAUGUGCCUGAUGAGGAAGACACAUCCUCUUUUGUUACCGGAAUCGUUCUCUACCGCAAUCUGGGAGUGAUGCUGUCUCUGCAGAGCAAUACCACACUGCUGAACUCCAAGGUGGUCACUGUUAUCGUGAAGCCUGACCCAGGUCUCCUGUCCUCUCCCGUCGAGAUUGAGUUCCCUCACCUGUACAACGGCACAAUCAAUGAAACAUGCAUCUCCUGGGACGAGAGUGAAGCCCUCUCUCUGCUCGGCUCGUGGUCUCCACGAAACUGCAGAGCGCAGCCCCUCGACUCGUUCAGAACCAAAUGCGUGUGUGACGGACUCUCCACCUUCGCCAUUUUAGCGCGGCCAAAUCCUGAUGUGGACAUGGACAAAACAUAUCUCCCCUCCGUGACUCUGAUUGUGGGCUGUGGAGUCUCUUCUCUCACACUGCUCCUGCUUAUCAUCAUCUAUGUCUCCGUUUGGAAGUACAUCCGCUCAGAGCGUUCUGUCAUCCUGAUCAACUUCUGCUUGUCCAUCAUUUGCUCCAACGCCCUCAUCCUGAUUGGCCAGACACAGGCUCGCAACAAGGUGGUGUGCACCCUGGUGGCAGCGUUCCUGCACUUCUUCUUCCUGUCCUCGUUCUGCUGGGUGCUGACGGAGGCAUGGCAGUCGUACAUGGCCGUGACUGGCCGCCUGCGCAACCGCAUCAUCCGCAAGCGCUUCCUGUGUCUCGGAUGGGGUUUGCCUGCACUGGUUGUGGCUGUGUCUGUUGGAUUCACCAAGGCGAAGGGAUACGGCACCGUUAACUAUUGCUGGCUGUCUUUGGAGGGCGGUCUCCUCUAUUCGUUUGUGGGACCGGCUGCCGCAGUUGUUCUGGUUAACAUGGUGAUUGGCAUUCUGGUCUUCAACAAGCUUGUGUCCAAGGAUGGCAUCACGGACGUGAAACUGAAAGAGAGAGCUGGGGCAUCGCUGUGGAGCUCCUGUGUGGUUCUGCCUCUGUUGGCCCUCACCUGGAUGUCUGCCGUGCUCGCUAUCACCGACCGCCGCUCAGCCCUGUUCCAGAUCCUCUUCGCCGUCUUCGACUCACUGGAAGGCUUCAUCAUCGUCAUGGUUCACUGCAUCCUUCGCAGAGAGGUCCAGGAGGCUGUUAAGUGCAGAGUGGUUGACCGUAAGGAUGAUGGCAAUGGUGACUCUGGCAGCUCCCUUCAAAACGGACACACUCAGCUCAUGUCUGACUUCGAGAAGGAUGCUGAAUCUGGCAGACCAGGUGGCAUGAAGAGCUCCUCUGAGGAGAAGAUGGCCCCUCCCCAGAUGCAACUGCCCAUGGCCCCUAACUUCCACACCCUCCCCGCCAACACUACCACCAAGGUCCACCUGCAGUCGGUGCCUGACUACUCCAGCCACACGCUGACCCUGAAACGUGACAAGCGCGGUGGCAGCAUGGGCCUGGACCCAUCCUGCGGUAAGCCUGUGUAUGUGUGCGACAGCGAGAUCUUCAAGCAGCUGGACGCCGACCUGGCUCGCGGGCAGGCCGAGGGCAACUCCCCGGACGGCAGCGGAAGUGGCGGCUAUGUGCUCCUGCCCAAUACCACGUCCACCCUCCGCUCUAAGCCCAAAGACGAGCUCUCCGGCUGCGGCAAGUACAACAUCAGCGUGGAGCAGCUUCCCCAGGCGCGCCUGGUCCAUCUGAGUGGCGGUGGAGGCUACGCCGAGCCCCAGACGGCUGCCUACGGAAUGAAGAUGCUGCCAUCUGACCGCGUGAGCGUCUCCUACUCCGAGCACGACUCGCCCGUCCAGAAUCUGCACAACAUCUCCAGCGAGUCGCACAUGACCAGCAGCCUGGGGGACACCUUCGACUCCAUGAACUCCAUGAUGUCCAAGAGCGAGACCAUCUCCACACUGUCCAUGAGCUCGCUCGAGAGGCAGAAAUCACGCUAUGCGGAGCUCGACUUUGAGAAGAUCAUGCACACACGUAAACGUCACCAGAACAUGUUCCAGGACCUCAACAGGAAAUUACAUCAUGCUGAGAAGGACAGAGAGUCACCCGCCUCAGAUAGCAAGUCUGUGAGAUGGAGCGUGUCCUCAGGAGGUAGCGAUAAAACUAACCACAGCGACAAACAGCAGAUGCCCUGUGAGCGGCCGUGGGAAGGUGUCCCCAGAUCGCAGCAGCACUCGCCUCCCGCCUGGGUGCGCAAGGACCUUGAGCCCCUGCAGCCCUCGCCCCUGGAGAUGCAGGCGGUGGAGUGGGAGAAGGCGGGCGCCACCAUCCCCCUGGUGGGGCAGGACAUCAUUGACCUGCAGACGGAGGUGUGAGGGCCAGUCACCACCACCGCCACUGCCCACUGUCUUGCCAGAAACGAAGAAAAAAAUGUAGAGUUCUUUCUUGCACCCCUUGCCUGUCAGCUUUUGGUUCGGUGAAGAGGGGAUCCACAAUGGGCUAGGGUAGAGAAUGGAAGGACAGAGAGAGAGAGAGAGAAAGAGAGAGAGAGAUGAAGAAAGAGAUGAGUAAAGUGAAGAUAGAGGGAGAACAGAAUCUAUGUCUUCAAACCCCCCCAGAGAUGGUAAAGGGCCUGAAGUUAAGUGUGUCAUUUGACUUUGUGCACUUGAGUAGACAUCAGCAACAUAGGCAAUUUAUGUAGCAGAAGGGGUUCAGACAUGAGACACUGGGGUCGGGUUCAGCAACAGAGUCUGGGGCUUUGGUUCUGUUCUACUGAUAUUGGGUCUGACCCAAUCCCUGUCCUAAGAGGUUUCCCGUUACUCUUCCAUCCGGCGUAAGAGAGGUGUGUUCCACAUACCUGUGCCUUUUUGUUUCUCGUUUUCCAUCCACACGUAUGGAAAAGGCUGGUCCUCCUCCUCCUCCUCCUCCUCUUCCUCUAUGGGAAUGACCAACCAAUCGCUUGGCUGCUUGUGCUCGCAGAUGGUGGCCUUUUCCGAAUCGCUGCGCUGCGAUUGUGGAGGGUUGCAGAAUUCCACCCUCUGCUGCCCCACUGUCCACCGGCCUCCCUGGGGUUUCUCCCGACACUCUGUGGUAGAUGGACACAGGCCUCCUGUUUAUUAUUUUAGUGCUGUGCUUUAUCCUGUUGGUCUUCACUUACGCGUGGAACUGCUUCUCCUGAGCUUUCAAAAAGACUCUUCCACUGAGACUCUUAACUGAGACUCUUUUAUGACAUCACUGGAGUCAUGGCUUGAACACUGAAACAUGGGACUUAAACUAA